GGGAAGCAAAAGGCGCGCGAACCGAAAGGCACAGCUGUAAAAGUUGUCGAUAUUCCACUUGGACAAGCUGCCGACGCCGAUGUUGUCGGUGUGGACGACGGGCAACGGCCAUAUGUUCUCUUCUUUUGCCUCAGCUGGUUCCAGAAAAAGGAGAAGAAGCCGGAACCUCGGCAACUCUAUGAUGACGAACUCGAGGACGAUGAAACGGACGAAGAUGUUCUUGAUACAGUCGCCCUACCUCACAGAGACCACCACGAAGACAUUGAAUUGAAAACAAUGAUUAGUCAGUCACAACUAGAAGCAGGACCAUCUCGCCUGGUCGAAGUCGCUCUCCCACAGGAGACUGAGACCGCGCCGAUAAAACCAGGUUGGAUCACUUGACGAUUAAACCGCAAGGGAGCGUCACCGUCUAUUUCUGGAGGUGUAGAAGACAUAUUUCUCGUGAUCAUGCACCUCGAUUGCUUGGUAAAGUGGCUCUCCCACUGUAUUCGAGAGCUACGCGUGUCAAGACUAUUGCUCGCAUGGGAACAUCUUCAAACCCAGUAUAUUUACUCCGUGGUGCGGGGUCGGCG